AUGCUGCCGGCGCGCCUCCGCCCCGGGCGGCUGCUGUCCGCCGCGCCGCUCCGUCCGCCCGCGCCGAGGAGAGCCGCGGCCGCCGGGGAUCCCGCCCGGAGCCCGGGCACCACCCGCGCUGAGCAGGCUCACAGGGUGGUUGCAAGUUGCAAACCUUCGAAGUUUGACAAGAAAAUCCUCCUCUGGACUGGACGUUUCAAGACAGAAGAAGAGAUUCCUCAGAGGAUCCCGCCAGAGAUGCUAGACAAGGCAAGAAACAAAGCCCGAGUGAAAGCCUGUUACAUCAUGAUUGGGCUCUCAAUUAUUGCCUGCUUUGCGGUGAUUGCCUCAGCUAAGAAGGCUGCCGCACGCCAUGAGUCCUUAACGAGCCUGAACCUGGCAAAGAAGGCCAAGUGGCGGGAGGAGGCUGCGCUGGCCGCGGAGGCGAAGACCAAGUAACUUCGUCUGAAAUCUGAAUGUCCUUGGAAGAGCAAAAUUAACUGCUGCUGAGAGCUAUUAGUGAGUUUUACCCCUAAAUGGACAACUGUAGUAUGCACACCCUAGAGCCAGUAAGGGCAGCUACAGCAUCACAAAAAGAAAGCGAAUGGCUCUUUCAUUAGGAAGAUAUUCAGGAUAUUUGUUGCAUAUAAUUAAAAAUAUUUAGAAUGCUUUGCAUAUGAUUAAAAGCAGUAAUUAGUUUUAAAGGGGAUGAGGUAGUUUCCUAAGAAUGUCAGAUACGUUUGGUUAGAUAACCACAAAAUAUUUACACCCAAGAAGUUUUCUGUCGCAGUGUUUCAGUGCACAAAUUGCCACUUGGAACUCAUUGGCA